AUGAAGGUCUCCUUGGUUGCCAUUUCCUUCUUCCUGCUCAUCACUAUCGCCCUAGGGACCAAGACUGAAUCCUCCUCUCAAACUGGGGGGAAACAGAAGGUUGUUAAAAUACAGCUAAAGUUGGUGGGUAUGGGGACCUUACCACCGUCAGAGUGCUGCCUCACCUACACUACCCACAAGAUCCUGCGUCAGAGGAUUAUGGAUUAUUAUGAGACCAACAGCCAGUGUUCCAAGCCCAGAAUUGUCUUCAUCACCAAAAGGGGCCAUUCCAUCUGCACCAACCCCAGGGACAAGUGGGUCCAGGACUAUAUCAAGCACAUGGAGGAGAACUGAGUGACCCAGAGAGGGUGGAGAAGGCACAGCUCAGAGACCUAAAGGGAAGAUGCCGAGGCCCCCUUCCUCCACCCACUCCUAACUCUCAGCCCCAGCCCCCCUCUGGGAGCUUCCCUGCCUUGAAUUAAAGACCACUUAUGCCCUUCCCUGGCCUCAUUCCUUUCUACUGGAUUUACUCAUUGGUCACGCGCUGAGGACACCAGGGAGUCCAGCCCGGGUAUGGCACCCUCGGCAUCAAGCCUCACUCUGCAGAAGUUUCACUGGAACCUGGUACAAAAAAAUAGGUCAAGCCUGCAAUGCGGGUAGUGAGAAGCAGAAAGUGAGAAAGAAAAGCAGCGUAAAGACUGUCUCCUCCUCAACAACAAUACCAGACCCCGUUUUCUUAAUGCUUUCUCUACUGCAAGCACUCUGCUAGGCAGUCUGUAUGCAUUAUCUUAUUUAAGCUUCAUGACAAGUGUAAAAGCUAAGAAUCAUCAUUUGAUGUUAUAGGUAACACUUCAUAAAGGGCUCUCUAUAGCA